AUGUCCUUGGUUCAUUUAGCGAAUGUGUGUGCGCAUCUACAGAACUGCUCCAGAGCGAGGACGUCCCUAACGUCCAUUCCAUACACGAAACUGCAUCUCAAUUUUGCAUACAACUUGUACAAACAUGGGUUCCUAUCAAAUUUGCAAAGAGGAUCUACGAAAGGGCCAGACCCAACGCUGGUUGAAGUAACACCAGACAACAUUUCUACACGUAGACUUUGGGUCGGACUCAAAUACCGGGAAAAUAAGCCAGUGAUAAGCUCGUGUAGGCUAGUGUCCAAGCCCAAUCUACGUAUAGAUCUGAAAUAUGAAGACCUAAAGCAAUUGUGUACAGGAAAAACGGUUCGUCUCAUCAAGCCGCUGCAGCCUGGCGAACUAAUCCUUGUGCGCAAUGGUAACCAAUUACUGGAUAUCAAUGAAGCGAUUGCACGUAAGGUUGGAGGCGAGGUUGUAUGUCGGGUAAAGUAA